UGCAUUUUCAUUCAGUUUGGCAUUGGCUUUUGAGCUUUGAUAUUCGAGAGGAGAAAAAUUUUGUAAGGCAGUACUUAAAGAAUUUUUAUUUAAAAUGGCACCACACGGACAUUGCCUCGGACUUUGCGUUGGACCCUGCAGAUGCGGUCCUCCACACCAUGGACAUGAUCCAUGUCCUCCGCAUCACGGCCCACCACAUCACGGCCCACCACAUCACGGACCACCACAUCACGGUCCUGGACACCAUCAUGAUCACGGGCAUCAUCACGGUCCCGGACAUCAUGGUCCUGGUCACCAUGGUCCCGGACAUCCCAAGCCAUGUACCCCAGUCCUUCCUUGCCCACCACCACACGGACCACCUCUUUGCCCACCACCACUCGGACCACCUCUUUGCCUACCACCACUCGGACCACCUCUUUGCCCACCACCAUACGGACCUCCCUAUUGUUAAUUUAAAAUUCCCAAAUAAAGUAAUUUGAGUUUUAUACUAACAUAGCUCCAAGAAUUUUUGUAAAAAAAAGACAAAAUCAAUAAAAAAUAAAA